CGCUGCCGUUCCUCUCGUGCGCCGCGUCCACUCGUUCCUUUCAAAACAACAUUGAUAACUUAUCACAGUGUUCCGUGUUUUGGCGCCCCGUUUCAUAAAAAAAUUAAGUAUACCCUCAUUUUUUGAGAAUUGAACUUUACUCGAUUUUAAACGCGUACGUGUGCGGGUAUUCGGAAUCAUAUACAAUCCGUUCCUUGAGAGUUUGUUUUGGUUUCAAGUGCGGCAGAAAAUCAUCCCCGGAUCUCAGUUUUCCGUCGAGGGCAGUUCUGUGAAAUUUACUCGAUUGCCAACCGGAUUUCCAGUGUUCCUAAAGUAGACUGGGUCUAUACUUUAUGCCAUUGGUAGUUUGACAUCACUUCUACUAGUGCGCGAUUACUUAAGUGUUUGAAAUUUGCUCCUCGGAAUCCUGACUUUUCCUUCGUGUUUCUUGUGCUGAAGUGCAGUUUCUUUCCUUCCGGUCUUUCCACCAUGACGUAUCGGCGUCAACCGAGUUCGUUCAAUGGCUCCUAGAUUUUCCGUGGCCCCCAAAUCGCUCCCCGAUUCCACAUGCUAGCACCCUCCAAGCCCGAAGCAGUUAGUAUGACCGUGUUAAACCUAAACCAACGUCUGAACCAGAGUUUCCAGCCGCCGAUGAAACCCAAAGACAUGGACGAGCCGGAACCCAAGGCGGAAGAACUGCGGAACUCGGACCUCCUCCGCAACUCGGACCUCCUUCGCAGCUCCCGCAAGUCGGGCGGCCUCAACAACAACGGCUCCGGCAGCCCCAACUCCCGCUCCGGCAUCAGCUUCAGCGUCGACUCCCUUCUCGCCGACACGAGGCCGAAGAAACUCGACUCGGAAAACGAACGGCUCGAGGACCUGCGCUCCCGUUUGUAUCUAGAUAACUUGAAGGAGCCACGCUCGCCCUCGAGAUCAUACUUAGACAAUAUGAAGGGUCCGCAAUCGCCCUCCAGAACGCGGCUCUCGCCGAUGGGGUCGGAGGAGGACCUCAAGGCGGAGGACGGCGAGGACAUCGACAUGGAGUCCGGCCUGGAAGACGAGGACGAGGGUAGCUUAGUCGACGUGGAAGCUCUGAGGGACGAAUCCCUGCGGAACUCGGCCAACUCGCCGGAGGACAAUUCCAGGGGCUCCUCGCCGGCGGGGCUCCACUCCUUUCAGCCGGGCUCCAACUCGGCCAACCUCAUGGCCGCGGCCAGGCUCAUGUUCGGGCCCCACUCGACGACCCCCAUCAGGCCGACCCCCUACAAUUCCGCCCUGGCCGUCGCCGCCGCGGCCUACGCCGGCGUCCACCAGCACCCCUCAUGGCCUGGCCACUACCCCGGAUCUCAGAUGUUCUCCGGAUUUGGAUCGGCGCUUGCCGGGUCUCCAGAUUCGAAUAACGGAGAGCCACCAAAACUGAAGUGCAAUCUUAGGAAACACAAACCAAAUAGAAAACCAAGAACUCCUUUCACUACGCAACAACUACUUAGUUUAGAGAAGAAAUUCAGAGAAAAGCAGUAUCUUAGUAUCGCAGAACGAGCGGAAUUUUCUAGUUCUCUUCACCUAACUGAAACUCAGGUAAAAAUCUGGUUUCAAAAUCGGCGGGCGAAGGCGAAGCGACUUCAGGAAGCGGAGAUCGAGAAGAUGAAAAUGGCGACGAUCGCAGCGGCCCGACCCCACCACCCCCUGUACGGCCCUGGGCCCCCGCACCACCUACCCCCCUACUUCCAGACGCCCCACCCGGCGGAGCUGCUCCACCACCCGGCGCACCCCCUCUCCGCCCUGCUCAGCGGCCGCCACCCCAUGAGCCAGUUCAUGCCCCACAACAUUCCUCCCCCUACGCCUGUGCCCCCACAGCCCUCGGCUAAUUCCUCGCCCGGCCCCGCCGCCUCCGCCGCCGGCUCCCCCUCCCCCGCAAGUCUCUCCUAACUCCCCCCGAACUUCCCCUUAUUAAGUAAUUACCACAGUCAAUGAGUAUCAAUCCUCUUAAUUUAUACCUUAAAGCUCCUUAGUAAACCCAAAAAAAAAACCUAUCCUGAUUCCAAAAUUUCAAUCUCUGCACGGUAAAAGAAAAAAAAAAAAACCCUUUAGAAUUUAGAAUCUUGGCGCUUGUUGUUAUAAAUGAAAGAACUUUACUAUUUUGAUUAUUCAAAGCUCAUAUACACAUUAAAAUGCAUUCACAAUGAAGAAUUUUCGUAUUUUACGACUUGUAUCUAGUUUAAGACUAUCCAUAUCGGUAAACUAAUAAUUGGAAGAUGUUUUUUCGGAUUCUGAAAUUUUCUCAAAUUAUGUUGAACUCUGUCGUUUCUCUUGCAAUACAAUCUUAUCUUUGUAUACAAAAAUGCUUUUGUCUUGUAUACAAAAUGAUUCUCCAACAUUUGGAAAUCGUCGUGGUACCAUAUGUGUAACUGCAGAACUGAUAAGGUUUUCGUCAGGUGAGCUUUCUUGAUGCUGACUUUUUAUACAAUUUCUAAGAUUUUGAACCUGCUCUCGCUGGCAUCACAUGUGGAUGUGAUGUUUCGACUGUUUUUAUUCCGUAAAACAUAUACUUAACUUGCUAAAUGUUUUGAUUCCGGCAUAAUUUUGACUUAUUUGUACUCGCGUAGCUGACUUACUCGCAUAUAAUUUUGUUCUAUGUGAUAGCUAUUCUCUCUUUAACAAUGAGGAAAUUUGAAGCUGCGCUAUUGUAAAAUUGAAUCCCUUGGGAAAAGUUUCAUACUAUUCUCAUGUUUCGUCUCAUUUCAGUAAAGUUAAAGUAAAUAUCCUGUAAAAAGCUCAAUGCCGUCUGAUGAUGCAUACGCAUUUCAUACACAACCAAAAAUUCUUGGAAAAAUCGUCAAUUUGGCCAAGAAUCUGAAGUAACCAUUAUAAUUGUUGAAAACGCCCAAUCCUACCUUCAAAGGCAAUUCGAAGGCAAUUUGAAUGCAAUUUUGUACCGAACACUUGUGAACAAACCACUUAAAAAUAUUUAGAAAGUUGAUGUCAGCCUCAUAAGUAAUACGACUGCACUGAUGGAACAAGGCACGAAUGCAUUUGUUCGUUUAUAGACAUACUGUGUAUCUGUUUUCUAUGGAAGUUUUACCCGGUAUUCGGGAAGAACUGAAAAAGAUACAGGUUGCGUAAAAUCACAUCCUAAACAGUUUAUUUAACACAUAUUUCUGCUAAUGUUGAAAUCGAUUGAUUUAUUAACCAAGUACGAGGUGGCGCAAGUUUUAAAAACUCAAAGUCCGUCACCCUAAGUUAGUAAUUUUAUCGAUGAUAAAAACUGUUUUUCGAACUUAAUCAAACGUGAAGGAAUUCAGAUUUUUAAAAAAAGCGCGACGUUAUACUUCCGCAUAUUUUUUAACUUAAAUGAACGAUUUAGCUAAGAAAAGCUUAAAAUCCAUGGCGAGUCUUUGAAUAUUUGAUCAGGAUAGGUAACUAAAACCAUUUUACUUUUAUUCCCUUCCAAAUUUUAUGCGAAGAACUUUACUUAAUCUUUCUUUUUGAAUAAUUUUGACACAUAAAAGCGUCGUUAGUUCUCAUUAGAACGCGCAGCAAUAAAAAUAAGUUAAAUAUGUAACAAAAUUGGCAACUUUUUUGUGCUUCAAAAAUGCAUACAGUGCCAUAUGAAUUUAGUAGAGGUAAUACAUGUUCGAAUAUUUUGUAUUUUCUAUGAAGUCUGAAAAGUGCUUGUCCGAACUCAUCUCUAGGGAGCUUUCAAACUACUACGUGGUAGGAUAACCCAUACCAAAUCAUAAAUAUAAUGCAAUUAUGAACUUUCCUGUAAAAUAUGUACAUUCGAUAACGAAUUAGUAAAAUUAGUUUCAAAGUCUUGUUAGAUGUGUCAUGUUCCUUCCUUAGUUGAUAAUCGACUCUAAAUUGUACAGAAUUUUAUUUAUUGGUGACGAAUUAUGUUCUUCUUCGCAAAUUGAAAAUGUACAUUGAGCUGUACCUAUUUAGAUAAGAAUACGAACAUACAAUGUAUGUUCUAAAUGUUUGUGUAAAAAUUGAGAUGUUCAUAAUUGUAAAAAAAAAACCUUAUUGUCCCAUAAUCGAGAUCUGUCAUCUGUGUACUUUUAGUGAUUCUUUGUAAAUAAGUAUGCCAUAAUGAUCAUUGCAAUAUUUGCAUGAGAGUACAGAUAUUUAAUUUUUGAACUCUAUCUUUAACUUGUUUUUAUUUUAAUUCUAUAGGUUUUGUUCCUCUCAAAACAACCAAAUAAAAUCACUUUACAAAAGUAA